AUGUCUAUACAUCUUCAAUCUUCUUUCUUUUUGCAUGAGCUCCGAGCUCAUACAACAUAACAAUGGCGAUCACCAUGAACUUUGCUCUCUUCUUCUUCUUCUUCUUCUUAACUCUCUCUGCUCUUCUACCACCUCAUCAUGCUCGACAUUUAAAUGAUGGAUACAUAUAUGUAAAAUUUGGUCGACGACCACCGCGUCAGGCGGCGCCGGAGGUAAUUCAGAUGGUAGUCGGAGGAGAAGAACUACUGUCACCACCGUCUUACGGCCGAGAUAAACCAAAAGCACCGCCGUCACCAAGAGUAGCACCAUCUGGUGGCCAGACAACUUACAGCGCAGAUAACCCAAAAUUAGCACCGCCGUCGCCGGAAUCGGCAGAGUCUGAUCAAGGCCAGACUGGUUAUGGCCGAAAUAACCCAAAAUCUCCGCCGUCACCGAAAGUAGCACCGUCUCGUGGCCAGACAACUUACGGCGGAGUUAACCCGAAAUUAGCACCGUCUCGUGGUCAGACAACCUACGGCGGAGAUAACCCAAAAAUUGCACCGCCGUCACAGGAAAUAGUACCGUCGUUUGGGCAGGCGAAUUACGGCGGAGAUAACGGGAAUUCAAACAGUCAGACGACAUACGGACUAGAGGAUCCGAGAACGCCACCGACUCCGGACCCAAAUGAUCCACAAAUACAGUUUGUGGGUCGAGUUGACCCGAAGGUUCCUGCCCCACCACAACCCGCUGAGCCAACUCGUCCGAUGGUAAAGAAUAUAUUUCCGUCGACGGUGGCCGGAGAAAUCGAAGUCCGCCGCGAGUUCCGGCUAUUAUUUCCGAUGUGAAUGAAAUCAGAUUUAGAUCAGUGGCAUUCAAUUGCCUCUUCCUGAUGUAUUUUAUAUGCUGACGUGGAAUAUAAUGUUUUAAUGGUUAAAACUUUGUAAUCC